UUUUGAUCUAGGCCUCAGCGCAGCUCACACAACUAAAGUGCUCGACCGCUCGCUCCCCUCCGUACCGCUGCUCCAUGUGUACAUGGUCUACAUUCAUCGUCGAUUUAAGAUUUAUCAAACAAUUUUGACUGUCGACUGUUAUCCAAUUCCAAAGAAAACGCGACGCUGGUCUAGGACUGUCACCCAGCUAAGAUAAAAUCGAGAGUGGAGGUUGGACCUCAGACUCAGGAGGAGCACUAACGUUAUCUAAUUGCACGGAGGCAAGAGUCGCAAAAUGCAUCAAUUGGAUGAAGAGGUUCUCGAUGAUGAUGCGAUCAGGAUCUCUAGAAGAUUGAGUUGAUAUAGAGUGAGAGGAAGAUAAUUUAAUCUACUGUAGUGUACUUAUUGGAUAUCCGUGUUGUAGGCCUACUCCCGUGGAAUCAAUUUGGAUGAAUUUAUAUACGGCCUAUUCUUGUAUUUUGCAACAAAUUUCAGAAGAACCAUUACCUGCCAAGAUGAAGUUCUUGGUGUUAUUUCUUUCUCUGGUAGCAACUGGAGCAGCCCUGUCGUGCGGCACCUGCGAACGGGAGAAGUGCCCGACACUGUCUUGUCAAGGUGGCGUCGUUGAAGAUGUUUGCCAAUGUUGCAAGGAGUGUGCCAAACUUGAUGGGCAAUCUUGUGGAGGACGAUUUAAAAAGUAUGGGCAGUGUGAUAAUGGAUUAGUAUGUGAACUUAUUGUUGCAGUUGGAGAUUCAUUGAAUCCUAAUGCACAUGGAAUAUGUCGAGAGAAGAGAGACCCUGAUGCGAUUGGGUCAUAUGGAGAAUCUUCUCAGGAUAGUGAGGAUUCUAUUUACAUCAUGGAUUGUGAGAUCAAAUCCUUCUCUGGUUGUAACUUAGUCAAUGGAAAGUGUGCUUGCAGUGAGGAUAUCCAAACCUGUAUCAAUCCCUUCCAGUUUAACAACUUAGACGAGUGUUAUCAAGCGAUGCGUCUCCAAAAUGGAUCCAUUACACCAGGUAAGGUUUAUGACAUUCUUUAGAGUGCUAUGAUGCGAGUAGGUCUCUGCUUUGAAUGUGAAAAAACAAAACCCAUUUGAAUGUUUGUGAUAAUACAAGUGUUUUUUGUCACAACAAGAUAGGAUUUUGCAAACUCAAAAGUGAAAUACAUUGUCUGAUUAAACUUGGGAAUCACAUAAAAUUGAAAUACAGAAUCCGGAGAGCCAGGAUGUUUAGGGUGUAAAAACUUCUAUUCUGGCCAUCAUCUAUGUACAUCGCAGUAUCAGUAUGUAUGGUACAAUUAAGCUUCUAUUAAUACUCUAGAAUCUUGGCUACAUCAAAUCAAAAUAUGAUCUCAUACAUAUAGGCACUGCUCUUCUCUUGUAUGGUGGUAAGCAUGAGAGUAGUUUGUUUUGCAAACACUUCACUAAAAUAUAAACUGGUCUGAACAUAUGCAGCCUGAAAUGCCUGGCAGUGAGCAAGUUUUGUGUCUUGUUUGAAGAUCCAUGCGAGGGUGUGUGCGUGUAGAUUAGUAACAGAGAGUUCUCACUGCUCAGGUGCCCUACAGAAUGUAGAUGGUUCCAGCAUAGUCCUGGAACACAGCCAAGGCAGUCUUCUCUGGUCUUGAAAAAUUAGUCUAUUUCUGUCAGGAUGUGCUCUGCAGAUAAUUCUUGCAGCAUCCCCUCCCUCAAUAGAUAGAGAACUCAGAGAAAUCAGAAAAUGCUUUAAAAACUCCUCCAAAACAGUGGGUAUUCAGUCUAUAAUUGUGGAUGAAAAGAUCUCAGGAUCAUCAUUUAUAUGCAUUGUGAGAUUCUUUAUAAAGAUGGUCUUGUUGAUGUAAAAAAAAUGCAAUCCAGAAAGUAUCUCUUGAAAGAUAUCUGAUGAAGAAAUGUUUGUUUGUGGAACAUGAUGUACCCUUUUCUUGAAUUGUUUCUCAUGUAUGCUACUUCAUGAAUGGUUUGAUAGCAGGGACAUUUGAAUGAAGCAGAGAAAUCGGAACAACUGUCCCACCCAUUUGUUGACAUUCCAUUGUAUUUUUGCCUGGGGACAAUGUCCUUCUUUUGAAUGCCUUUUCAAAAAGGCAGAAUACUAUAUUUGGGGCUCGUUUUUAUUGGUGAUAAUGAUGUGAUUUUCUUUCGUUGUCCCAAAAGAAUGACUGGGAGGUCAUUUUUUUGUUGCAAAUUUGUAACAGAUAGCCAUUGUAUACAUUGGUUCAGAAUUGAUCAUAAAUUCAUUAUCUACAUGUAUAUGCACAUAUUGUUUGCAGUGCAACGAGAAUUCAAAAUGCAGUACAGACCCUAUAUUUGCAUGGAACACUUUUGGGGUAUUGCUUCAGGACAAUAUUUUUAUGGUUGCUUUAUAACAAAUAAGGCUGGUGUGUAGAAAGUACUCCAAGUCUAACCCUGGUAGUAAUUAAAUGAUUGUUAAUGAACAUCACAGGUGGUUAUUUGUUGUGAUAUGCAAGGUGGAAGGAUAUAUGUGUAUCAUAAGAAGUAGUCAUUAGGUACCCAAGUCAAAUAGAGAUCAUUUUGACAGGAAGUGGUAUGUCCAUGAUGUUUAUCUGUCAAUACAUCUUCAAUGAGCUGCACUCAUGCUCAUGGAUUACACCAAUUGAAGAUCAAUGGUGGAUGAAAAGAUCCUUGGGAUACACCCAUUGUCUUCCCAAUAAAGUCUAAAACAACUUUGCAUGGCUCAUUAAUGAAACACAAUCCCUUAAUCAAUGAGUUGUAGAAGACACAAAAGCAUGGUCUAUGUAUUAGUUCUGCUCAAUCAGUCCAUAGUUCCAUCACUGUUCUUACAAGAUUCUUUUAUUUAGGAUGACUGGCCAAAUACUAGAUCAAUAACAUAUAGGCAUGUGUGUAAAUUCUAAUAGGUAUAGUUCAGUGUAUAAACACCCCCAAAACCACAAUUUUUGCACAUAAUCCUUAAGGACAGGAAAUUGUUGAACAAAUUUAGGUCAUUAUUCCAUGCCAUUGCCAAUAAAUAGCAUGGUAGCAUCAAUAUCAUCUCACACUGCAUUUCCCAAACUGCAGUGGUUUUCUGUCAUUAUGAUAGAGGAAGGACCCAAACCGCAGGGGAAGUUACAAAAUUUUGUUCACUAUUGCCUUGUCACUAACAGUUGCAUCGAUGGUUUGUUUAUGACUUGAAUGUGAGAGAUAAUUCUGGGAUAUUUUGUUCAUUUAUAUAUGAAUAUAAUAUUUCAAGCUUUUGGGACCAUAUAAUAUGCACACUUAGUUACGUUUCUGCAGACGACUCUGCUCUCUGGUCCUGUCAUCCUCGGUUGCUAGGGAUAUCCAUUAUCAUCAGGACAUCUGUAUUUUAUUUUCAAGAUGGGAGGAGCAGCGCAACAAUAAACUGAUGAUGUAGCAGGCAGAGUGGCACCCAUUCAAAAUGAGGAUUAGACAGAGAGAGAGAGAGAGAGAGAAGGGGGGGGGGGGGAGGGGGACGAGAGAGGUAAAUGGGGAGAGUGAGGAAGAGUAAGAGAAAUGGACACAUGCGAGAAUGAAAACAUUAAUUUUUACAAUUCCAUAACAAUCAUUCCCAAUUUUGUGGUGUAUAAAUAAAGUUAAAACAGAGGGUGAAAAUGUAAAUAUUCUAUGCAUGAGUUAUUAUCUCCUAGUUUGUUUGUUUCCUGGGAUGUACAUAAUACAUUUAUAUGUUUGAUUCCAUCCGUAAAAUAAUAAUGUACCUCUAGUGUCCCUUUGAAAUCUUUGGGGGGAAGGCUCCAUCCAGGUGAGAGCGCAGCCAGGACCUCUUGACAUCUGAGCAGAAUUUCACCGACUUUCAUCCAAUGAGAGCACAUCAGAUUAAGUUAAGCAGCAAUUUUCGUCCACAACGUUCACAACACACUGGACAUCAGCUCAAGUACACCCAACCUUUUUGUAGAGUGAACUGCUACAUGUACAGUAUGUUCCCAAGAACCAUCCGUUUUGGAAUACUCUCCCAAACGCUGAGCACUGUAACUUCGACCUCUAUAGCUGGCUUCCGGGGAGCAACAUUGCAUAUCAUUCAGCAAAUGUUGCCUCCCCCUCCCCUUAAGAUGCUGUAAGAGGGAGACGCACGCACCACCCGCACACUGCACCUAGCACACUGUAUAUAGUGCACCAAGAAUACCACCACAGGAUCACCACAUCACCUGGAGCACUGGCAGCACCUGACACAGCACAACCCUCUCCAGGACAGCGUGUACGCUUUUUGGGAGAGUACUUCUUCAAGGCUCAAGAGCGCGGGCUGCUAUGAUGUCAUAUUUAAUAUUCUUGAGCUCAUCUUGAUGGGCGACCUGUGGAUUCUUGGCGAAGAGUGACAACGGAAUAUCAAAGAGCAUUGAAUAUGCCUCUGAAAUGCUGAAUAUUGACUGACUUUAGGAUUUGCAAGUCAAUGAAAUUAAAUCUGCGCUGAAAGGACGAGAUGUUUUUGUAAAUCUACCCACAGGAUAUGGAAAAAAUGUUAUCUUUCAUGCGAUUCCACUAUGCGUUGAUUAUCGAUCUCUGUGGUGCAGUGAGGGAAUGGUGGAGUAGAGUUGUUCACAUGGUGCUUCCCCUUGAUUCGAGUCUGACCAGGCCGAUCUCCCAGGAAGUUUUGGGGCAUUGAUGGGUCUGUUGGGGGUCUGUUACUAGUAGUACUAGUACCACUACUUCUAGCAUUUUGCUGGUUAUAUCAAGGAGAUAUCACUUCUUAGAGGUGAUAUCUCCUUGGUUAUAUUCCCUUUUAGUGUCCUGCAAUUAAAUGAAUCCCCUGCAGAAUAGUGGACUACUUGUAUUCUGAACCCCAGACGAAACAGCUUUGACAUUUCAUCAAUUGGUUU